UUGGGGGAGGACCUAUUCAGCUAACGGGGUCUGACUUGACCUGUGCCAGGUGUGUCCUGUCACAUCGGAAGCUACCCAGUUACGCCUUCACACAGCAACUGAUGAUGAAGACAGGAGAGGUUCGCCCUGACCAAGAAGACCUGAUCCAGGAACAAGAGGACUUGCAGCCAUCGCAUGUCAAGGUUGAACAGGAGGGAGAGCAGCUUCAUGACCUGGACGAGGCCGACAUCAUUGAGUUCACCUACAAUCCCAGGUGUUCAGUGAGGCCAAAUGAGGACCGGUCAGCUGAUGGGACUGCCCAGGUAGAACCAGGGUCAGCAGGUCCAGAUCACGAACAGCUGGUGGUGUCAUCUGAAACUGAAGACAGUGAAGACUACAGCAAAGACUCUGCUGGGCCCAGAUCUGCUUCAGUCAAACUGAAACGAAAGAGGACUGGUAGAGCACGAGGACUCUUCAGCUGCCGGGUCUGCAGCCGGAAAUUUAAAGCUCGCAGGCUUCUGUUCAGGCAUGUUAAAGCUCACCUGCAGGAAGCGGAACAGGUCUGUGGUGUGUGUGGUGAACGAUUCAAGACCUCCGAUAGCUUGAAUCUUCACAUCCAGACUCAUCGGACCACCAGGAAUACAAGCGAACUGGAGAACCGGACCAGGACCCUGAGCCGAGAGAAAGGGGUUCACCAGAUCUCAAACUGCAAUACAAACGCCAAAAUCCAUGAGGACCAGAAACUGAACAGGUGUGAUGACUGUGGGAAGACUUUUCUCCAGGUGUGGAAGAAGAAGAAGCACAGGUGUAGGCCCCGGAACCAAAACCAGGACCCAGAGAAUCUGGAGAGACCUAAGAAGAUGAGGCAGACCUAAAAUAUUGUUCUGGUUCAAUCCAGCUCGAGUUUUAUUUUGGUAGUUUUGUCGUUCCUCAUUUCUACAACCUCUGAACAACAAUUCAGACUGACUGUGGACAUGUGACAUCACUAAAGACAGGUCGACCUUUUCCCUUCAGACUCUUUGUUAAAUGAUUUACAUUUUUAUAAUACACAAGGGAAAAAAGCAGAGACACUAUGAAUAUUAAAGUCAUAACAUGACAAGAAAAAAGUUGCCUUCGUUUGGAGACAAAGGUUCCUAAUACAUAAAUAUUUUCAGACAAGCCAUUUGUCAUUAUAUGAUAAAAAUUAUUAGAAAAAAGUUGUGGUGCUUUGAAAACAUUAAAAACGAUUUUCAAAA